GCCGCGGCAGGGGGCGGGGCCGCGGCGGUCCCGGCGCCGGUGCCCGCGGUGCUGCUCGCCCCCGGCAUGGAGCCCCCGACCGGCACCGAGAGCGCCCGCCUGGUCAGCCCGCGGGGCGGCCGCGCCGACGGCAGCCUGCGCCUCAAGAGUCUGUUUGCAGGCUCACAGGAUGCCCUGGCACCGCCGGCUCCCCUGGCUCUGGCUCCCCGCUGCUGCUGCAGCCCCCUCGCCCCCAGCCCCGGCCCGGGGAGGCUCCAGGCCCGCCGCCAGCUGAGCGUCGCCUGCACCGUCUGCUGCGUCUUCAUGGUCGGGGAGGUGAUAGGAGGGUACCUGGCACACAGCCUGGCCAUCAUGACGGACGCAGCCCACCUGCUGACGGACGUGGGCAGCAUGUCCGUCAGCCUCUUCUCCCUCUGGGUCUCCACCCGCCCACCCACCAAGACCAUGAGCUUCGGCUGGCACCGCUCGGAGACGCUGGGCGCGCUGGCCUCCGUCCUCUCUAUCUGGGUCGUGACCGGGGCCCUCGUCUACCUGGCGGCUGCCCGCAUCGUCAGCAACAACUACGAGAUCGAGGCACGAGCCAUGCUGGCCACAUCCGCCAGCGCCGUCGGCGUCAACCUGGUCAUGGCCUACAUCCUGCACCAGUCCCCCGCCAGCCACGGCCACGGCACAGGGGGCUACGAGCAGCUGGAGAGCACUGGGGGCUGCGGGCCCAGCCAUGCCCCCCUGCCUGGCAGCACCAGCGUCCGUGCAGCCUUCGUCCAUGUGGUGGGUGACCUGCUGCAGAGCGUCGGUGUCCUCGUGGCUGCCACCAUCAUCUACUUCAAGCCACAGUGCAAGAUCGCAGACCCCAUCAGCACCCUCUUCUUCUCGGUCUUUGUCCUUGGCUCCACCUUCACCAUCCUCAAGGACGUCUUCAGGGUCCUCAUGGAAGGGGCACCACCAGGCAUCGAGUUCGACGCGGUGAAGGAGGUGCUGCUGGGCGUUAGCGGGGUGAAGGGCGCCCAUGACCUGCACCUCUGGGCCCUGACGCUGAGCCAGCACGCGGUGUCAGCGCACGUGGCUGUCGACACCAGCGCCGACACCGAGACUGUGCUGCGAGAAGCCAUCACCCAGCUGCAGAGCAAAUUUGGCUUUUCCUCAUGCACCGUGCAGGUGGAGCGAUACCGGGAGGAGAUGGCAGCCUGCCAGCACUGCCAGGACCCCCAGGCCUGAGACCCUCACCCACUGUAGAGCUGGGUCAGGCCUGGCCCCCCACUCCACAGGCGAGCGGGAGCUGCCCCUGGGGCACGGGGUGCAGCGCAGGAGCGGGGGCAUUGCUUGGGCUCCUGUCCCUGCACCGCACCCACCCCGCUGCUGUGGAGCCCUGGGGUGGGACAGAGCCCCCGAGCGUGCAGGGUCCUGGCGGGGGGGUGGGGGGUGUGCGUGUGUACAACGCUCAGCCUGGCCUGGGCAGCACAGGGGCUCCCCAGGAACCUCCACCCCCAGCUGUGCCGGUAGGUGACCAGGCCUGCCACAGCCCCAAAGGAGGGGGACCCUGCCCCACCGCGUUCCCCCAGGGAGCCCUGUUGUCCCCGACAGGAGAGGGGACAGGAGGGAGCCGCUGCAGCUGCCGAAGGGCCCAGGGAAGGGAAGGGACGUCCUGGGGUGGGGGGGGGAGCCCAGACCCACCCUGGCCCCCAACACUCCCGUGCCCCCAUGGCCGCAGGGGCUGCCCCACCCCCACCCCCCAUGGGCUCGCUGCUGCCUGGGCUGGGGGGGGGGGGGCUGCUGCACCCACCUGGGUGCAGGGAGAGGGGGCAGCCAGAGCCUGGAACCCAGCCCCAAGCACCGGCUUCCCCGGCCUUGCUCCCCACCGCCCAGCCCACGCCUUGGCCUGACCCAUUCCCACCGCUGAGCUCGUGUCUGUCGUGCCCGUGGAGCGUCUGUCUGUCCGUCUCUUUGUGCAAGGAGUCCAGCGGGCAGUGGCAGAGCCCGCAGCCGCCAAUAAACUUGUUGGAGAGCA